CUGACACACGAGGUCCCGCACCUGAUAAAUAAAAAGCGGCCUGAUGUGAGAGCGAGAUGUAGUUUGUGACUGAUCUCCUGGCCAUCAAGAUGAACACCCUUCAAGCCGUGCUGCUCGUGACCGUAAGCCUCUCUGCCGUUCACUCCCUGGACUACAAGGCACUCAACCAGUUCAGGGACAUGAUCCUGUGCGUGAUUCCUGAUAGCUGGCCUAUUUUGGACUACGCCGACUACGGCUGCUACUGUGGAAAGGGAGGCUCCGGCACGCCUGUGGAUGAUCUGGAUAGGUGCUGCCAAGUGCACGACCAGUGUUACUCGGAUGCAAUGCAGCACGACGAGUGCUGGCCCAUCCUCGACAACCCUUACACCGAGUUCUACGACCACAGCUGCGAUGAGGCAAACAGGAAGGUCACCUGCGGCAAUGAUAACAAUGCAUGUGAGAUGUUCAUCUGCGAGUGCGACAGGAAGGCCGCAGAGUGUUUCGGCAGAACACCUUGGAACCCCGAACACGAACACCUGCCCAGCGACCAAUGUUACUAAAGACCCAAUAGGAUUUUAUGCCUCAACACGACACCUCUACCCUUUAUUUUUCCUCAGGUGCAUAUUUACACAAUCAUAUACAUGGGUUAAUAAACACCUGCAACCAUC